CUAGAGAGCGUUAGAUUUAGCAAAAGAAAAUCCGUUUCAGCACAUCAUUUAUUCCUUUCUUCUUCUUCUUCCUCUUUCAUCUUAAAUACUCCGUACCAGUGUAUGGGUAACUGCCACGGCCGUUACUCCGGCUCCCGACGGCGCCACCAACCCGUCCCCGCACCUCCUCCACCGCAGACCUAUAAAUAUGGUCCUCCCAACCACUCUGCUCCACCACCACCACCACCAACUCAGCCGCCGCAGUGUUCAAAGAUGGGUCCUGUUAAGCCCUAUCUCGACGCCGACUCCACCUUGCGAGCUCUGGCUGGCGGGGCCGAAGGUUUCGGCCGCUCCGCCAUUGGCGGCCUCCAGGGCCCUCUCUAUCACGUGACUUCUUUGGAAGAUGAUGGACCGGGGUCUCUUCGGGAUGGAUGUCGCAAGCAAGAACCUCUCUGGAUUGUGUUUGACCUUUCAGGGACCAUUGAGCUUAGGUCUUAUUUAAGUGUUUCAUCGUACAAAACCAUUGACGGGAGAGGCCAAAGGAUAAAACUCACUGGGAAAGGGUUGAGGUUGAAGGAGUGUGAACAUGUGAUUGUCUGCAACCUAGAACUUGAAGGUGGUAGAGGAGCCGAUGUUGAUGGGAUCCAGAUCAAACCCAAUUCGAAACACAUAUGGAUAGACCGGUGCAGCCUAAGUGAUUUCAAUGAUGGGUUGAUCGAUAUCACCCGAGAGAGUACAGAUAUAACUAUUUCUAGGUGUCACUUCUCAAAUCAUGACAAAACAAUAUUGAUUGGAGCAGACUCAUCCAAUGUAACCGAUAGAUGUAUGCGGGUGACCAUACAUCAUUGUUUCUUCAAUGGGACAAGACAGCGUCAUCCUCGUGUUAGGUUUGCAAAGGUGCAUUUGUACAAUAACUAUACGAGAGGCUGGGGGAUAUAUGCUGUCUGUGCCAGUGUUGAGUCUCAGAUAUACUCGGAGUGCAACAUAUAUGAAGCUGGACAGAAGAAAGUGGCCUUUAAGUAUCUGUCCGAGAAGGCAACUGAUAAAUCGGAAGAGUGCACGGGCAGCAUAAAAUCUGAAGGCGACUUGUUUAUGAACGAAACACAGUCAGGCCUGAUGCCGACAACAGCCAAUGAAGGUUGUGUGUUCCAUCCAAGUGAAUACUACCCUACAUGGACUGUGGAAGCUCCCUCUGAUGACCUCAAACACUUCCUUGAAAACAGCACAGGAUGGCAACGCGUUCCACUCCCCCCGCAAUAGCCACUCGUCACUUCAAAACACAGACACACACACAUGCCAAAACAUAUAGCAAUAAAUAAUACUCCCUCCGUUCUUAAAUAACUGCCUAUCAAGUCAUUUUAGAUAUAUUAGAUUUUGGAUGAAUGUGGACAAACGUUAUGUCUACAUUCAUUUGAUUCUUGAUGUAUCUAGAAAGUCAUAAUAGGCAGUUAAUUAAGAACGAAAGGCAUAGUCGUAUAAUGUGCACACAAAUGCACAUGCACACACAUAUCUAUCACUAUAUAUAUGUACAUCAAGGUCAUUUCUCUUAUAGCAAUAAAUAAUACACAAGUCGUUUA